AUGCAUUAUCAUCAAUGUCUGGUAACUUUUAUUAGUACAAUUGUAUUACUGACAAUCGUACAUGAUGUAACAGGUUCUGGUUUCUGGGAAGAGGAAACUACUACAACUUCAACAACGCCUACGGGUUCAGCCAACUCCAUGAGACUGUCUUGGAUAACCAUUUCAUCAAUCUCCAUGAUAGUGAUUGGACUGACCAAUGGUCAUUUAAGAAGAUUCAUCUUCUAGAAUAUGACAAUCGUUGACUACAACAGAAGCUCAUUUUGUAUGUUACAUUACUAGUAUUCCUUAAAAAAUACAGAAAUACUUUGUUGU